AUGCGGCAACACAAGCAGGUCCCCCUUCGUAGAUUGGUGCAGCGGAUCAGGGAAGAGUUUGGGGGAGGACAGGAGAAGAUUGGGAUCAGCAGGGAAGAAUCAGUGGUACCAGGAGGAGAGGAAGAGGACGAGCGCGCAGGCCUGGGCGCCGCCGGGCCGCAGCGCAGACCCGCAGCAGAAGCAGCGGCUGGAGAUGGGGGCCACCGCCUGUCCCACGAGCAGCAGCGCGAGCGUGGUGCCACCCAGCGCCGUGGCGGCAUCGGUGCGGUACACGCAGUAGGUCCACUCCUGCCUGCGGAGCCGGGACGGCAAACAAGGAGAAGAGGGGUGGCGGCGGCGCCCACGUCAGAGAAGGGGGAGAAGAAAACGCAGGGGCCAAGAGAAGGGAAGAGAAGGGGGUUGGCACACCUGCUGGUUGCGGCGACGGCCAGGGAGCAGGGAGCGUGGCGCGGGGCAGGGAAGGAUGAGAGGGCGUGA